UCUCAAACACACAAUUUGUCAUUAUCUCUCUCUCAUGGCUGUUGGAUCAAACUCUGUUCUGGGUAUUCCUGAGCAGAAAAUAUAUAAAUUCCAAGGCUAGAUCAUUUCUAUUUGACUCUUUCCCCUGCAACUGAUUUUCUAUAGUUCCACAAAUUCUAAGAGCUUAAUUGUAUUCAUGACAAAAUCUCAGACUAUGUCUGUGGAUUCAAAAAAAUGGGGGUCUGCAUUUAUGACACCAUCUAGGCAGGCUGUAGCAUCUACCACUUAUAUUGAGACAGACAGCAGUAGUUUCAGGGAGCUUGUGCAGAAACUUACUGGUGUUUCAGAGCCUGGGGGAAAGCUCCCUCUCACCAUGCCUGCAAGAAGUGAAAAAACAUGUAAAGGGAGUGCAGCAGGGGUUAUCAAAUCAGAUGACAAUUGUUUCAAGAGUGGGAUUGAAAUGGUUCCUCAGAAACCAGCCUUCAAGCUCCACAACAGAAGGCAAUUUCACAAGAAAGUGCAGAUUAAACUGGGUCUUAGAAAUGAUCCUGAUUCUGAAGGUGAUAGUUAUAGGUUCUUACCCAAUCUGAUUUCUAGCCCAAUCACUCCACUUGGGCAUGGUGAUCUAUUCACUCAUUCAGAUUAUUGUUGCAGUUCUUAUAUCCCUAAGUCGUCAUAUCUGGAAGAGGAAGGCCAGGAAUUUUGUUUAGAGGCUUCACCAAACUGUCUGAAAAGAGAACCAGAAUUGCUUCCCCUGUUUCCCCUGCAUUCUACAACAAGACCCAGCACCUAAUUGUUAUAGACAACACCCACCAUAUUAGAUUUUCAUUUCAAUGCCUUCAAAACGGGUCUCCAUACGAAUAUCAUGUUUAGGUGGGAUAUUUGAGUGUGAUCUGAAAUGUUGAUCAAAUAAACACACAGGUUAAGACAUGGAUGAA